GAAGAAUGCUGCAAGAGCAGGGAAACAGCUCUCUUCCUUCGAGCAGCGAGAGGUCUUCCAGCUCCGCCCUCCAGAUGGAAGGCAAAGAGGGCAAGUCUUUGAUUAGUUCUGGCUCUUGUUUGAUUCUGGAAUGGAGAGCGACGAGGAGAUCAGGAGAGUGCCGGAUUUCGGAUUCGAUUUGGCCGGCCCGUCGACCACCGGUAGAGAGGCUGCUUUGGCGGCUGGUCCGGAGCGAGCCCAGUCCACCGCUCAGUCUGGCCGGAAGCGGAGAGGGAGGAGCCCUGCCGACAAGGAGCACAAGCGGCUGAAGAGGUUGCUAAGGAACAGAGUCUCAGCUCAGCAAGCAAGGGAGAGGAAGAAGGCCUACCUGAAUGAUUUGGAGGUCAAGGUGAAGGAUUUAGAGGCCAGGAAUUCUGAACUAGAAGAGAGGAUGUCUACAUUGCAAAAUGAAAACAACAUGCUAAGACAAGGAAUCAAAGUUGUAAAAUGGAUGAAAAAGAGGCUCCAAGCGCCCAGACAACCUGGGUGCGGCAGGAGGCGACUAACUGAGGUGGUGAUCGCUGUUUAGCGGACACACAUCACGGUCUAGGCGCCCGAACGGGUCCGGGCACCCUGAGGUGGAUAAAGUUUGCAAGAUAGACUUUCGACGAGGUACAACCAUGUCAGCACACUCCAGACGCCCGGGUGUGGAUCCAGGCACUCGGAUGGGACUAUAAAACGAGGGUUCGACCAAUAGCUUUAACAUCUCAAUUCAAAUGACUUUCGUUUUUGUGCGUUGCUCCGAGAAGGCUCCUAUGACACCGAAAAGCUAUUUCGACAACUGAUACUCAAGCUUUUACUCUACUUGUUGUCGGUAACAUUUUUGUUUAUCGACAUUGUACUUAAAUUUUUAUAAUCCUUUCGAUAUUAUAGUGAUUGUCCAACGAAAACAUUCAACGAGAGCGGGUCUUGGAGUAGGAGUUGUCGAAGGCUCCGAAUCAAGUAAAAAAUUACUUAUGUUAGCGCUUGUCCUUUUUCCUCUCUUUUCCGCUGCGUUUGCUUUUAUUCUUGAUUUCUGAAAAAGCGAAGAACGCUAUCUCCCUCCCCCAGCGUCUUUACAAUCCUACAACUACUCUCACAGGAUGUGAAAUAUCUAUAAUAUGAGAUAUGAAUGUCAUACCAACACUUGUAAUAACCAUAGGAGGAUCACCAAUUAUUUCUUCAAAAGAUAUGUCCUUAAUCUUAGUAAUCCCACUUCUCAAUAAAUUUGACAUUUCUUGUCUCGAAAAAGGACCUAUUUGAGGGGUCAUAAAAUUUAUAUCCCCUAGACUUAUCAGGAUAUCUCACAAAAUGACACCUCAUUGUUCUUGUAUACAGUUUCUUUUCAUUAGGCUUAUAAAGCUUAACCUCAGCUAGACAACCCCAGACGUGUAAAUGUUUAAUGUUGGGCUUCCUACCCGUUCACAUCUCAUGUGAGGUUUCAGUCACUGUUGGGUACUCUAUUAAGUAGGUAAACUGCAGUUUUGAGUAUCUCACCCCACAAAGACUCCGAUAAGAAAUGAAAGUCAUCAUACUUCUCACAAUGUCUUUUAGGGUACUGUUUUGACACUCAAUUACUAGGAGUAUUAGGCAUGGUAUAUUGAGAGACGAUCUCAUACUCUUUUAGGUUGUUCGCAAAUGGUCUUGAACGUUGUUCACUUGAUCUGUCAUAGCGACCAUAGUAUUCUCCAUCACGAUCAGAUCUAACUACCUUCAUUUUUCAUCUUCGGCUUUGAAAAUCUUAAACAUGUCCAAGGAUUGUGAUUUCUCAUGAACAAGGUAUAAAUAGUCGUAUCGUGAGUAGUCAUCCUUGAAACUAAUGAAAUAACUGUGUCUGUUCCAAGAUGUCUUAGGAAACGAUCCACAAAUGCUCGUAUGUAUUAGUUCCAAAAUGUAAUUACAUCGGUUUACACUCUUAUUCCUCUUGUAGUCGUUUUCCUUUAACACACUCUAUGCAGGUGUCAAUGUUUGACAUGUUAAGGGAUUCAAGAAUUCCAUGUGUCAUUAACCUUUCUAGGCGUUAUUUAGAUAUAUAUUCUAAACAUCUAUGCCACAACAUGGAAGAAUUCUCGUUGGUCAAAUUGCAUUUUAUACCUAUGCUAUGCAUAAUUUCAUUGUCUUUAGUUUGAGUUAAGGUGCUUAAUUUAUAUAGUUUAUUAAUCAAGGAAUCAUUGUCAACCAACACUGAAUUUAGAAAAUAUUAAAAAAUUCAUUUUCAAAUGAACAAGAAUAACCAGACUUGUUCAAACAAGAAACAUAAAUUAAGUUUUGUCUACAAUCCUAAAAAUACCUAUUGACUCUACUUUAGCUUUUCUUUCAUAUCCCGAAUAAAUGUAUAUGUUGGUGUUAGGUGCACAACAUUUAAUCUAGAGUUUUAAUUUAUGACUAAGGUUAAAGUUAGGUUAGCUGUGAUCUAACCUGUUGUGUCAAGUUUGCAGGUGUAGGAUACUUGACAAAUGACAAAGUCCUAGAAAGUGAACUUGGCAAUGGGAAAAGUCCUAGUGAGCGAAGCUAGGUUGUGACAAAGUCCUAGUGAAUGAAGUUAGGUAACUAAAGUCUUGGUUGGAACUAAGUAGACAAAUUCCUAAUUGGAGGUUAGCUGAAUCAAGUCUAAGUGAUUAAGGCACAAAUUUUUAGCUGGAGGUCAAGUGACUCAAGUCCAAGUGAUUCCUAGUUAGGUGCUACGUGAAUCAAGUCUAAGUGGAUGGAAUCAGCUGGGAGUUAAUUGUCUGGUAAAAAAUCCAAAUGUGUGGAAUCAGUUGGGAGUUGAUUACUUGGCAAGUCCAAGUGUGUGGAAUGAAGUUGAGUGUUUGGUAAAACCACACUAGACAGGUCAAAUCUAGUCAAGUAAGUGCGAGUAACUUCACAUUUUAUAUCAUACUCAUUACGUGUAACAAUUACAAGGAAGCAUGUUCGACGAUUCCAGGCAACUAGAUGAAAUUCGGGGGUGAAUAGCUGGUGCUAACUCUUGACGAACUGAUUUCGAAGGGUCUAAGCGACCGUAGUUCGGUCGGGGUGACCGGAGCGUACGAGCGAUUAGAGUAGCUUUUAGGCGAUCGGGAGAGCGUUAUCAACAAUCCGAUCAAGGCAGACAAGAUGAAGUUUAAUUCCUGCCAAAGCGACUAGAGGGUGUACAAGCGAUCGGAGAGUUUCGUUAACGUUAUCUAACAAAUAUAAGUUGCAGCCACGUCAACACCUCUAUAGGCGAGGAAGGCUCUAGGCGACCUGAGGAGUCCUAUAUAAAGAGUUUCGAGACGGAGCUUAAAGAUCACUCAUCUACAUAGAAUUCACUCUUGUUCUCGUGCUCUAAGUGUUCCUUCGCCUUCUGUGUUGCGACACACUGAGACACACACUUCAUUUCUGAUCGGCAACACUUUGAGUAACAUUUGUAUUUGUUUGUGCUGCCUUAAUCUAUAUUCUUUUUAAGGUUUCUCCACCUAGGAGAAAUUAGAAAUAAGAAUCACAUUUUAUAUCUGCUGUGUGUCUAUGCAUCUAGUUUGAUUGAUCAACUUGCAUGAUUAACUGUUAACUAAAUCUAUUGCAUGCUUUUAUUAUCUUUAUUUUGCUUGAUUGAAUUAGUCUAAGUUUAAUUUAUUUCCGCUGUGCUUACUUUGAUUGAUUCAAUUGUUUUAAUUGCUAUAUGUUUUUUCAAUCCGUAAUGCUAUUCACCCCCUUCUAGCGUCGAUUUUAAUCCUACAGUAUCUUUCACAUCAAGAGUGAUACUUAUGUGAGUAGUUAGAGUAGUAUCUAUCCACUAAGUGUCAAUAGGCACAAUCACUAAGUUAACUUCUGAACUGAUAAAGUUAAGAAGUUUACCUUUCUUAACACGUUAGUUAGUGUAUUUGAGGCAAUCCUUCUUCAUGUGACCCUUCUUCUUGUAGAAGAAACAAUGAGAUUCCUUAUCUCGCUUCUUUUGCUCUUUGUGCCCAUGAACCCCAGAAUCUGGAGUUUGUUUAUCUUUGGUCUUGUUAUUGGUCGUCUUCUUUUGUUGCUUGAAUUAUGAUUAGUGGAUGUCAGGUGAGCACUUUUAGAUAUCUCACGUCUCAGUCUCUCAUCUUCUUUUACACAUUGAACAAUAAGCUCAUUUAAUGUCUAUUUUUUUCUUUUGAGUAUUAUAAGAAAUAUUAAAAAGAGUGAACCGUGUUGGUAGAGACAUCAAGACAAAAUGUACUAAUAUACUCUCAGACAUUUCGAGUUUUAGUGUUUUUAGACUUAUGACGAUAUUAUUGUUUGGAUUGAAGGAAUUUAGAUAUUUCUACAAUGAUUUGUAAGUACCCCAUGAUAGUUUUGAUGUGAUCAAUAGAAUUAAGUUAGGUCUUGUGUAUUUGAUGUCUUGUGUCUGAGUGUGUUGGGACUUAGGAAUAUAAGAAGUCUAGUGGAUGACGCAACGAACGAGAAGAGGAUGAUACGGGAAGCGAGUUGACGGACUCAAUGCAUUCGAGAGACAAAGAGCUGCAGAAGAGUACAUUAGUGGAGCAAAAAGGAUGCGAAGCUGAGGAGGAAGCAUACUCAAGGAAAAGGCCAGAGUUGGGUUCGGGUGAGCUCAACUCUAGACGACUAAAGCAUCACUCAAGUGAGCGCGAGGAAAAGAAUGGUCGAUGCUGAGAAUGACUAUUUAGAUGAAUAGUAUUUAAGGCGUUUUAGAUUGAACUGGAGGCGCCUCAGAUGCCCAGAAAAGCAACUGCCGCAGAAGAGACCCGAGGCGCCUCCAAACAAUCGAGACGCCUCUAAUGAGCUUGGAGCCGUUGCGAUGCGGAUAAGAGUGGGAAGCCAACUCAGCCUAACCGAGGCGCCUCCGAUGAACCGAGGCGCCUUGGAUGCCACCAUAUCACAAAAUGAACAUUGCGUGGAGGUAAAGUUUAUCCUGUUGGAGACGCCCUGGAUGUAUAGAGGCACCUCCAAUGCCACAUCAGCCAAUUGUCACUUGUGACCAGAACGCUAUAAAUAACAUCCUAGAGCUAGGAGUUCAAAAAAAACCUUGUACUUAUUUAGGUACUUUAUUUUUGAGUUUUUAACUAUUGUAAGGGGCUUCUCUGCUUCCGACAUUGUCGAAGGAGUUCAUUAGUGUUUCUAUUUGCUUUGGAUUAGCAACUACCUAGAUUGUAACCAAUUGACCCUCUGCCUCUUAUUUUAUGCUUUUAUUAUUUGUUUUGAAUGAAUUAAGUGUGUCCUAGUUAAAUAAGUAGCAAGAGAAGUUUUUAACUUGAUUGCAGGCUAUUCAUCCCUUCUAGUUGGUCCGCUCGAUUCAACAUGAUAUUAUCCGCUUUUGGCUUAAGUUCUCAUGUUUUAUUUUUGGACUUUACCCCAAAAGCCUCAUACUAAUGGAGAUAUUUUUCCUUAUAAGCCCAUGAUAUUUCCCAUGUGUUUUCAAUAUGGGGACUUCGUUUGCAACCAUGACCCCAACACUUAGACAUCUCCAUAAUGUACUCUUAUGUUUCCUUUGUCAUUGUAUCGUAUGGAUACCAACUUCUAACGAAGUCGGGUAGUCUCGACCUUUUCGUUUGAUAAUUGGUUAAAGAAACUCGUAGCAAUCUCCCCUUCAGUUAUUGAGCCAUUAAUUGGUGCCGAAAUUGAAAACCUCAUGAUACUUAGACUCAUGUAGUUGGAUCGCUCCCCACUUUUCAAAUUCAAUGCUUUGUUCUACAGUGCUAGCACUAGUCAAGGGUGCAUGACGAUCGUUUUUCAAUACGUAGUCUAAGUUCAUGCAGUCCAAGAUUAUGAUUAUGUACUCUUUCCAUUCCGUAAAAUUUGCCCAGUUAGUAUGGGGAUGUUAAUAUUGACCGUUACUGAAUUAGAAAAGGAAAUUACCAUAAACUUACGAUUAAUGCCAAGAACAUUGAGAGAGAUAUUUUAAGAAAUUAUUCAAUAAAAGAAAACAUGCAUAUGGAUGGACUCUUCAUGAGAUACCAGAUACAAUAUUACAUUUUAAUUUUGGGACUAAGAUGCAAUUUGUUAGCGAUACUCACUAUUAUAGCUUAAACAUUAGUUGGCCACAUAAUGUACCUUCUUUUGGGUUGACAAAUUAUGUGCAUAAUUGACAUUUUAUAUGAGUUAUUUUAGUCCAUAGCUCACAACAACCUUAAUCAGCCACAUAAUAUGUCUUCCUUUGAUCGACAAAUUAAGUACAUGAUUUGAAACAGAAACUUUGUUCCUUAGUUAUGUUCCACCUUUAAACAUAUAUUUGACUUAAAAGUAAUUUUCCUUUGAGUUAAUUACUUUUAGUAUUAAUAUAUAUCUACCGACACAAAUGCACUAAACUUACCUAAGUGUUUUCUUUGGGUCAACACAAUAGUUCAAUUUAGUAGCACAUGUGUUUAUAGACUCAAGAAAACCCUAGGAAACUUAAUUGAACAGAAGUAAGUUGCUCCACUAGUGAUUCCCAAGUGAUCGUGAGUGGAAACCCAGACGGUGGAGCAACAGUGCGACUUACAACUCCUAACACAGCUUGGGAAGCACCGUCGUGUUGGCGUGUAUAGGCCUAACACGACUCGGUCGUGCUUGUGUCGGCGCGUACAAUGCUUGACACGGCCCGAUCGUGUGAUUUGACACUGUUCAGCAACCCAUGGCUCAAAAUGGGCUAGCCGUGUUGGGUGACACAAUUGUGGCACAUCGUGGGUUUUCGCCCAGCACGCGACACGGCCUGGUCGUGUUGGCCACCACGGUCGUGGCGCGUCACGGUGAAACCCUAAAACCUUCUGUUCGCGGAUCAAAUCCGAUAUUUUUCAUGAAAAGGCGGUAGUUACCGUUGUUCUUCACGAAAAUCGCUAUCACCGGCACAUGUUUUACAUGUUGAUUUUCCUAAAAAUUGCAGUGGUUUUAGGACCGCUUCGUUCUCCCCAAUUUGGGGUUGUGAAGGACUUAAAUCCUAGGUUUUCUAGACUAGGGGUUUCGACUAACAAACACCAUUUUACACUAGUAAAACUUGAUCUAGCAUAAAAUAAUAAAAUCGAUGAAGAUUCUAACUUUAUUGUUAUAGAAAACGAUAAAAUAGUCGUGGCUCUGAUACCACUUGUUGGGAUUAAGUUUUCUUAAACCGCAUGAAUUCUAGAACAUGUAUGAACUCACAUAAAAGAAAACAAAACAACAAGGAUCUAAUUACGUGGAAUCUAUAGUAAAGCAUAUAAACACAUAAGAUAAGAUGAUGAACCUGAUUGCAGCAGAAAAGUUAUCUUUUUGUGCAUCCACGAACCUGGGAGUCCUGUAGAGAAGAGAAGCAAGGGCUGGUCAUUUGAAUGAGUUAGGUUGACGUCGUCAUAGUCUCUUCACGAAUGGGGGAGUCAAGAGAUCUGUUAGAAUAUCUAAUUCAACAGGAAUCAUGCCCUAUAUUUAUGACCUAAUCGAUUAUCAGACCAUUAAUGAUAAUGGUUUGGACUAGCGGGUUCUACAUAUAUAAACCUCUGUAUCCAAUAAUUCAAACCCUUCAUAUUAUUUAAAUCACUUAACAUACACAUAACGUGGAAGCCCACCAAAUAGUGAUUAAAUCCAACAACAUUGAGUCUCAUCUCAACUCAUUUCUCAAACAAGCAGCCUCUCUCUCCUCAACUCACUUGUUCUAUGCAAAAUAAGCCUCUUCGAUUGAGGAUGCCUCGACAAUGAGGUUUAUUGGUGAUUUCAAUUGGAAUGCGACAGCUGCAAAUUUUCCAAUUCAUUGUUAGACUUUACACACACUUUCCAAUUUACUGUCUAAUAGUUUUUCUCGAACUUAGAAACUCCAUAAGCUCUUCGUUUUUCUAUCAGCUGCUUUUAGUUGAUUGUAGACUUCAUAAAUUGAACAGCUGGUCAAGCCUGUUAUAGUGACAACCUCUCUGAAACUUCUGUAUUUCUG